AUGUUUAAUGAAGAAUCAAAGAAGCCGGUACGAAAUAAGUUUCAGAAACAAGUUAACGUACUCGUAUGGAAGUCAUAUUUACAAAGGCAACGGCGAUGGAAACUGCUGCUAGUAGAGACGGCGCUGGCGGCGGUUUUAUUCCUGGUCGCGGUGUUCAUCGCCAAGCCGGUGUUCCUCACCCCCCUGGAGGCUGAGCCCGUCCCCCCGCUGCCCUUCGCAGACAUCAUCAGCAAGCUGCACAAAGACACCAUCAUCGGAUACGCGCCCAACACCGAACCUUAUAAGGCGAUCAUGGAGAGAACCGCUGAGCUUAUUAACAUUGAAAUAAUUUCCGCUCCAACCGAGAGGGGUCUCAACUAUCUGCUAUACUCGCGAUCCAAAGGGAACAAGAUCGUUAAUAAAGUCAUCUGGGUCCUUUGGAAGCCCCAGAUGGGCAACGUGUAUAGAUUCACUGUAAGGAGCACGGACCUGGCGCGAUUCUUUAAGGUGAUGACGCGCAAGGGUGAGCUGGACCGCGCGCGCAACCCGCACCUGCACGCCGGGUUCCUCUCCAUCCAGCUGGCCGUCUCCCAGGCCGUGCUCGAGUUCGCCAGCCCCACCAUCCCCGAGUACGAGUUGAGCCUGAUGUCAAUGCCGGUGUCCCCCUUGAUGGAAGAGGACGAGGUUCGGAGGGCCAUCUCGUUGAUCCUCCUCUGCUUCACUCUGGCCCUCCUACUGCCGGUCGUGGAGACUGAGGCGCUCGUCGUCAUGGAGACCUCCAGCCGCUUGAAGCGAGCUCUUCGCAUCCGCAGCGUGAACUUCAGCACGAUGUACCUCGGUUGGCUUGUGUACGGCCUGCUGACGGCGCUACCCAUCUGCUUGCUGGGCAGCAUUGCGCUGAUCCUCAUCUUCAGGUGGAUCCACCUGGUAUAUGCGCUGCUGACGCUGCUCGCCUACUUCUGUGUCAUGAUGAUGCUGGCUCUCAUUAUGGCCAUGUUCCACAACAAGGCGAAGAUCGCGUGCAUAUGGACGACCCUGCAGACGCUGCUGCAAACCUUCCUCGCGGAGCUGAUGGUCCACCACAAGUAUGAUGAACAGCACUCGGGGAUUACCUUCAUCGUGCACAUGUGUCUCCCGCCGUUGGGGCUGCUCAACGGGCUCGAUGAGUUCGCUCUCUUGCAGACCGGACGUGAAACAACGGUCAUGAGCUCGAUCCUGUACACGAUCCUGUCGUGGUUCAUCCUCAUCUUCGUGUACUCUCAGAUCCUGAUGCUGCUUCAGAGGACUAUCGGCUCCCAACGUGCUAUCGGCGGCCAGGUCUCGUGGAAGGCCAUUGUUUUUAAGAAAGCUGUGGAUAAAAGCAAACUGCGACCUGUGAUACAUCCAGAUGGAAGCGAGCGGAAGAAUCUACAAGAAGUGGACGACCUCACUGCCAAGGCUAUUAGCUUCAGACGGGUCUCCAAAAGAAUAAUGGCAGUGCCAGUACUGCACAACGUGACUUUCGACAUCUAUCGCGGAGAGUUUACGCUUGUGCUGUCCGAGCGGAUCCAGGAGAAGACGAUUUGUGCCAUGGAGGACUUGCUCACUGGUCUCACCCCGCCGGAUAGUGGCAGCAUAAACGUGCUAGGCGUGUACCAGACACCCGACAGGAAUCUGAUGACGGAGCGGCACAUGAUGGGCUACUGCGACAAUUCCUCCUUCCUCAUCAACGACCUCACCGUCGAAGAACACUUCACAUUUUACAUUCAAAUCUGCAUGUGGAACGAGAGCAACCAGGCGAUACUGGAGUAUAGGCAUAUCAGAAUAAAGCAGCUGUUGACAGAGUGUGAGUUGGAAGGUCUCUGGAAGGUGCGCGUCGCGAACCUUGGGACCUACUACCGCGUGCAGCUGUCCUGGGCCAUCGCGUUGCUUCUUGAACCUAGGAUAGUAAUCGUGCCAUAUUUCCGUGAAGACCCAGAAUUCAUGGCUGUGAUUAAGGAUAAAAUAAUGAAAUUCAAGAAGCACAUAACAAUAAUUAAGUUGAGCAUAGCCAGUAUGGACAUAGAGCAUGCCGAUCGUCUGUUUGUGCUGGACACCAGGGUGUUAGCCUUUGGUGGGACCCCUGCUUAUAUGUUCUUUAAAUUCGGUCGAGAAUAUCGUUUGCGCAUGACCUUCAAGAGUGGCACAGGAGACACCGCGGAGAUAAAUCAGUUGCUCCUCAAAGUGAAGGAGUACGGUGCUACAGUUCGAGCACACUUUGGACCGUUACUCAUCCUGAGGAUGCCCACCAACCCUUCAAGCAAAGUGGCAGCUUUCAUCGGAGAGAUGUAUGAGAAAUCCGUCCAAUAUGGGAUCACGUCCAUGAAUGUCAGUCUGCCAGACCCUGAGGAAGUCUUCAGAAGAGCUAUUCACGAUUCGAGGUCCACUACCAUGUUUGAAAGUUGGGAAGCGCGUGAUCGCUCCAAAUGGGCUUUGACGAAGAUUUCAGAACCGAAGAGCUGGAAACCGAAGAGGACGUUUUGCAGCAACUUCACGCACCUGCGCAUUAUCGGCUGGAAGUACUUCAGUUUUUACAUACAUUUUCGCUUUUUCUUAAUUAUAACUGUGGUGUCUUCACUGGUGGCUGGCGUGUUCCUUGGCUUGUCGCUAGCCUCCAUGCUGCAGACGUUGGAACUUGACGCCCAGACGAAGAAAAUCUUGCAUGGAGAAACACUGACGGUAGAAUCAAUGAAGAUGAAUACAACACUCGUGUUACGAUUAGAUGAUUCCGAUCAAGCCCUAUCUGUCGCGAAUUCUUACGUGAUGUCUCAAACGUAUGCAAAUGGUAGUUCCGUGAGCAAGAUGUCGUACAUAGCUUUGGCAAGCACCGAGAGUCUUACGGAGUACUUGGUGACUCGUGCCAUAGACUCCCCACAGCACUAUGUGCAUAUGUACGCGUAUGGCAUGGACGUGUUUACCAGGAACGGUACCCUUAAUGUGCAAGCUCUGUACAGUCCGCUACACCAGGACCAGGCGGCGGCGCCGCGUUCCUUGGCUCGAGUAUACAUGGCUUUGAUGCGCCACUUCACCACCAAGCCUGACGCCAGUGUUGAGAUCACCAAUGAACCACUCAUUCUGGAUCUUACGCCUUUCCUCAGAGAAACAACGGAGCCUGCUCUGCUUAUCCAGUUUCUGCUGGUGCUGACAAUCUCCCACAUAACCUUGGUGCCGUCUAAUGAACAUGGGCUUAUCAGACACAUGCAGAGUAAUGCGAUGAACUUCUCCCCGGCGCGUUACUGGUUCACCCUGGCGUUCUGCGACACGAUCCACUACUGGCUACUAGUCGUUGUAAUGGCUGCGGUCUCCUUCGCCAUCUUGCUGCUCGCCGUACCACGGUCCUACUUUGAAUAUGGCGACCUAUUCGUGGUCCCAUUUAUGCUGAUGGUCUACGGUGUAGGGUGUGUGCCCCAAGCAUACCUAUUCAGCUUGGGACCUCGGCCCGCUCUCAAUUCUAUGGCCCUAGUUAUUGUCAAUAUAGUUUUUGGGGAAGCGACAAUCGUGGCGAAAUUGUUCUACGGCGACAUGUACAACUAUGCCCUGUCGUUCAUGGCGUUGUCUCCACAGUACAACAUGGCCUACGCCCUGGUCAAGAUCAGGCAGAUAUUCCUCUACAACAACGAGUGCAUCCUCUUCCGCUCCGGGAACCUUUGUGAGGGCAAAGUGCUCCAUAAAUGUUGUAGUAAAUGUGGGGUGUUGCAAGAGUGUUAUAAAAGGAAGUCGUAUCUGGCGAACAUCAAGACGGAAGUGAUAGCGACCUUGUUCACCGGGUCCCUGUUCAUGGGCAUCUUACUGCUGUGGGAGUACAGGAUCAUCCCUCUAGUCUUGGAGACGUUGAUAGACAAGCUGUUCGUCAAACAGAAGUACCCAGCUGAAGAGGAGAUGCAAGGAGCGACGAAAGAGAAGGAAGACGUUAUGGACAAAGUUAAACAGUUGCAGAUGCAGAAGCACUCGAAGUCAUUGACAUUGGAUACGUUCGGCGAGUAUUUAUUGGCAGUGAACCUGUCGAGGGUGUGGAACAACAAGUACGUGGUCAGGAACGUUCACCUGGGUGUGGGCAGAGGGGAGGCGCUGGCCAUAGCAGGGCUGAUGCGCCACGGCCGCACGAUUCUCUGUGAAAUGCUCUCUGGGUAUAAGAAGCGCAACGAAGGACACCUAUGGGCCAUGUCGAAGUAUCGCCUCAAAUACUCGCCUGUGAACUUCUGCAAACACAUGGCGCUGUGUAACGAACGCGAGCCACUGCCGACCUGGAUGACCGUGUAUGACGCCCUGGAGAUGCUCGCCAUACUGCGCGGCGUGCCCCGCAAGCACGUCAAUGAAGAACUCUUUAACUACAUCAACGCACUGGACCUAAGCAAGCAUGAAGACUUGUUGAUCUGCCGGCUCCAACCAAGCGAGCGCAAACGGCUGAAAUUCGCAGCCGCCGUCAUCGGAGCCCCUUCAGUGCUGGUCUUCGACGAGUGCACUGCUUACCAGAACAUAUUCGUGCGCCAUGCAAUGUACCACAUCAUGUACAACCUGAGGAAGCAGGGGCAUGCUGUCAUUCAUUUGGCUUCCAGCGUGGAAGCUCACUUGCCAGUGUCUAACAGACUGGCAAUAUUGCGGGACGGAUGCAUCUUCGACAUAGACUAUGUGGACCACCUGUUGGACAGGUAUUCCAACAAAGGAUACACUGUUGUUGUACACCUCAAAGACGAGGUUGACGUCCAUAAGAUGUUCCAAAACACCUUCAAAAAUUUCGUCAUUAAUGAUACUACCGACGUGCUAGUCAACCUGCAAGUUCUGGACGACGACCUGACAUGGGAGACGGUAUUCAAGAAGAUGGAACACCUCUUAGCGACAAACAAUCAGGUGUACUCGUACAUUGUUUGCGCCAAACCUAUAGACUACAUCUAUAACGCUAUCAUAUCAGAAGAGAAGGGGACCAAGGAGGCCGGAGACUUCAUCUCCAGACCAUGGUUGAAGAAGAUAACGAAGCAGAAACCAAAGAUACAGCCACCGCCAGAAAAAAUGCAGCAAUUACUGAGUUAUUCCCACACAUAUGAUAUUACUAAACUGAAAGAGUUACCGUGGUCAGUCAUAUUUCAUCGUUAG